AUGGACGACGAAACGUUGUUCCAAACGCUCUCCGCCCAUCAUUUCCAUUGCAAACGUGAUUGGUUCGACUCCUGUCUACAGUUUUUGCGAUCCCAACUUCCGCCGGUUUUAUUUUUUUCGAUGUCCCUAGGUUUUCAAAAGAUAAGUUCAGAAGGAAAUCGAGAAAAAUUUGUUUCAAUGCGUCGUCGAGCAGUUCUGUAACUCGGAUCUCAAAGAAAGUUACGUGGCGCCGAUGAAAAUCCCGACAAAUGCCUCGAAAGCCAUUCUUCAAAGAAAAAUCGUUUUUCAGGUUUGCAAUUGGGAUUUGCCAUUUGAUUUCGUUUCCUUUUCAAUUUUCGCAAGCAAACUUCGAAGUAUUAUAACAAUUUCAAAACGAAGAACCAUUUUCGAAAUCAUCUUUUCAAAACGAAAAUUUGAAGUUAAGGUCCUAAAAUACGUCGAUGUUUCACGAUCGUUCUACGAACAGCUGACGGAACUUACCAGAGCUGGACCCGAUUUAAGUUGGUUCACUGGAGAAACGGCUGAACAAUCUAUUGUGCGUAGUUACUGUGGGAAAUGUGUUAAAGUACAAGAAAAAUGCUUGAAAUUCGACGAAAAAAGAUUUUCAGCAAACUUUUCAAUGAAACACGCGUUUGCGGGGGAAUCCUCAAUAAAUUAAUCCAUUUUGUUUUUUUCAAUUCAAUUUGUUUAUUUUUCGCAACAUCGGGAUGGUAUGGUUCUUGUAGUUUUUACGCCUAAUUCAAAAAUUAAGGGAUAUAUAACGAAUAUUUCGAUGCCCUGAACCUGAAAAAAAAAACUGAGAAAAGACGUCGCUCAAGCUCCGCCCCUAAUGGCGCGAUAAACCAAUCCGAAAGCGAGCCAACUAAAGAGAUUUUUGGAAUGACGUCAUUAUACCUUAUAUUCAAAUUAUAUACAGAGUUUAAGCGUGCGCAAAUUGAUCAAGAAAUUCAAUGAGACCUAAAAAAAGGUGUUUUUUGUUUAAACUAGUUUAUUUAAAAGAAGAUGAAUAUUUCAAGGCCAAAAGUCAAUUUUAAAGUUAAUUUCAAUUAUGCAGCAUUUUAGCAUUUCAAAAAAGUUUUCUGAAAAGGUAAUAAUUCUCAAAUUGCAGGAGGAGCCCAAAAAAGGCAGCCAAAAGCGUUUCUUGAAACUGGAAAUAACCGAUGGCCUGAAUAAUCUCAUGGCUUUGGAUCUCGACGGAACCGUUUUCACGGAAACGAAAAUUGCACCUGGAACCAAGGUUUUUGGAUUUUUCGAUGGUACGACGAAAUCUCAAGUCCGCGAAUAUUGAGGACAGUAACUUGGGCAAAGCCGGAUUUUGGAUAAUGACCGCUAAAAGAAAUAGGCUCGAAAAGGCAGCAUAAAAUGAGCCUUUUUCGACCCUUCCGACUUUUCCUAUGAAGCCUGACUACGUAGAUCUCAAAGCCGCCAAUUUUUAAAACAAAAUCUUGGAAAAAAAACAUUUUUGAUUUUCGUCCUAUUUCUUACAUUUUUUUCUCCUUUUCCGAUCGAAUACGAGUUCGGAUGAAGUCUAUUCCCAGAAGUGAUGAUUUCUGGUUCCAUCGAUUUUUUUUUCUCCAAGAAAUGGAUCAUUUUUGCAGUUCAUGUUAACGGAUAGUGCAAAAUGCCGGCGCGGCAUGAUUUUUUUGAGCAAUUCAAAUUGUCAGGUUUGUAUGUUUUGAAAAUUUUCAGUUCCGUUGGAAUCUCUUCGUAGGUUUUGUAGCUUAAACACUUGGUUGAGUACAUAAGUUUUGGAAAAAAUUGUGCUUAAUCAAAGUUUUUUCGUUCAUUUUCUGAAAAAGAUUAUCUUUCUCGAAAAAGUUGUGGUUUCUGAGAACUCGCUUCAAAAAUAAUUUUUCUGUUUCUCACACGAAUAACAUAGUGUGAAAUAAUCGAGAAACACUUGGAAUAAGAAAAGUUUUCGAAUAAAGAACAGUUUCAAAAAAUUCUUCCCAGAAGCCUGUAUGUUAACAGUUUCUUGGCAUAUCUCACUUAUUUUCGUUUUUUUUUCAGAUACUCGGAGGUCAGGUAGACUCCCUGGCCUACGAUCCUGUUGAAAAUUUCACCAAGUCUUUGAAAAUCGACCUCAACUCGGAGGAGAAACGAAAAGAGUAAUUUUCAUGAGUAUUUCUCGAUCCUUGCUGGAUUCUUUAAAGGCGUGAAAAAUACUGAGGAACUUUUUAGGGGUCACAAAAUUUGAAAAAAAAAAUCCAUUUUUCAGAAUUCUGCAAAAACAGUUUGUACUGGAUAAGCAGCAGGCAGCAGUGAAGUUUGCUUGAAAAUGAAAUAUUUAGAAACGAAGUCAAAUUUUAUCAGGAAAAGCUGUACCCAAUCGAGCAUUUCUCCAUUUUUGGUCAGGAAAAAGAGGGAGGAAGGUUCUUCGAACUCGGAUCUCAAUGAGUAGGUGUCUUUCUCAGAAAUGAUUGUUCUAAUGCUUAAAAGACAAUUUAAUAACAGGUUUGAAGAUUAGAAAGGUGAUAAAUGGAGAGAAAACGAAGAAACUCUUGGAAAAAUAAGAACUUUUAAAAAACCUUACCAUGAAAAUAGCCCUCUCAGUAUACUAUUUCUACUAAUAAUGAAAUUUUUUUCGACGUUUUUUUUCAGAAUUUUGGUCUGAUUAACAUUUUUUAUGCCUCAGUACAAUUAAUAAUUUUUUUCAAAAAAAUUGAACUUUCCUUUAAAUUCUAGCAAUACAUGACAUUGCGUUUUCGAUAAUAGUAAUAAAACACGGUUUUUCUUUAAUGAAUCGAUUUUACCAUGCUUAUUUUUAAAGGGAAGUCGAAAAUGAAGAAAAUUCGUUUUCCAUUGUGAACCCUCUGAAAUUUUCCCCUGAAAUUCAGUAAUCAAUACUCAUUCCAAAUGUUUUUAAAGGAAUUUUGAAAGGCAUUAUUUUUUUAUGGAUUUCAGAAACAGAGAAAUAUUUACAAAGCUUAAUUUUCAAGCCGUAUAAGAAUGGAUUUUUCAGAACCGGUCUGACUACAGCCAGUACAGCGGUCAAUCUGGACAAAAGUUUGGAAAAACGGCCGGUUUUUUCCUCGACAAGCUUCCCAAACAAAGUAACCUUAAAAAAUAGUCCGUUUACCGCAACUUGAGAGUUUUCGAGUGUCUGCGUCUCUCUGUUCCCUAACCGACGAGGUCAGAGAAAUAGAAAAAUAGUACAUUAUAAUGAGAGGGUCGUCGAGAGACGAGGAGGGCGCAGAAAGGUCUUUUCAAGGCGCGAAAAACGGACUAUACGAAAAGUUUGGAUGAAAAUGUAAGUUCAGGUCGUUUCUCUGGUCCGACCCCAUGUCAGUGUACCGGCCAAGGAGAAAAUACUACCGCCUGAAUUAAUCGAUGGUUUUAUUUUUCAAAUUUAUUUUCCAAAAAAUUCGAGUUCUUUUUAGACAAGUUUGAACACCAUUACGAGCCGUCUGGUAAAGGAGGUAAGAAAAAACUAAUUAUUAAGUGAAAAAGUUAGAAAAAGAAUAAAAAAGCUCAGGUUGAAAAUGGAAUUUUGGCUCAAGAAGAACUUUUUGAAACCACAAAAAAAGUUAGUCUGAUUUUAUCGAUUCGAAAAAAAAAAGCUUUUUCGAGUAUUUCAAGUUUAAGAUUUGAAAGAAACUUCGAAACUCAGAUUUUCUCAUGAAAUGAUGAAAUUCAUUGCAAAUACGAUAAAUAUGAAAAAAAAAAAGAAAAAAAAAAUUUCGAAUUGACAAAAAAGCUGAGUUUUUUCAACAACAAUCUUAUAUAUUCACUUAAAAAUGAUUUCUUCAAGUGCCCAACUUUGUCAAACCAAUGCCGCCAGUUGUCACGGAUUAUGGACUGAAACCGAAAAACCUAGGUGAUUUAUUCCAGAAAACAAUGAAACAGGGAUGUCCUUCAUUUUUCAGCGCCUCCGCCGACUAUUUAUGAACCGCCCUUUGAAAAAGUUCGCGUGAAAGAAGAAGUGCCGUUCCAGAAUUCCUUUUUGACCGAAGACGACAUGAAAAGAGUUAGUUUUAUCGGUUUUGAAAGGAAAAUAAUGGAGCAUGUUAAAAAAGUUUGCCGAUUUCAAUGUUUUUUUUUAAGAAAAUAAAAAGUUUCCCGCAUUUUUCAGCUUGAAAAGUACUUUUUCUCCAAAAUUUUGUACAGUUAUGCCGUAUUAAAAAUGAUUCCACGAACCUAAAAAUAACCAUCAGAGAGGGAAAAAGAUAACUAGUUUCUGGAGAGCCAGAGAUAAUCUUGAAUUCCGCGGAAUUUUUCCAAAAUGUUCGCAUUAUUCAUUUAAUUAACGGGAUAAUUGAUGAAAAUAAGUGAGAUUUGUGUUUCAAAUUAUGAAUAUUUGAAGUGUCUGUUUCGUUGGUUUUGUUUAAAUGUUUCGUAUGAAAGUCCAUGAUUUUUUUUUGAGUUCUCCACCAGCAAAUUUUUUAUUGAUUUUUUUUUUAACUUUUCAACUAAAAAAGUUUUGAAAAGAGUUUAAUUUUCUGUUCUUCAGAGCCUUGCGAGCGUGAAAACGCUCAACAGAAGUGCAGAAGAACAGAAAAGAUCUUUCGAAAAAUUCAGCAGCGACAUCCACGGACCGCGUGGCUCGCCGAAAAAAUGGCGAAAAAUGUUUCUGACCCUUCUUUCCGACUUUUAUGCACCUUUUUUCCAGAAAAGUCCCCGAAAUCAACACACCCAUUACGAAUUAUUUCAACGUUGUCAAGGUUUUUCAUUUGAAAAAGUGCCUUUUUUUGGACUUUUUGAGGAUAGAACUGUCCGAAAUUGGCUUCGAAGCUUCAGAAUGUCGACGAGGACUGUCAGAUCCUCGAGAACUCGGGACACGACCGAAAAGUAAAUCCUGUUAGUUUUAAUCGAGUACGAAAAAGUUGAACUUUAGGGAUUUCAAGAAGGAAAAAAAUUUAUUCGUGGAGAUUAAAAAAAUGAAUUGAUGAUUUUUUUGAAGAGAGAAAGUCAGAAUUUUAACGAAAAAAACUGACUUAGUUGAUUUUUUUGAAGACAAAAAAAUGAUAAUUAGAACUUUGGUGAUUUGAACAAAAAGUCACACCAAAAAGAUCUUAAAGUAUACAUAAAAUUGAAAUUUCGCUCCUUUCGUCCAUAGUAUAAAAAUAUAAGAAAAACAUUAUUGAAGAUAAAUGAAGGAAGUAAUUCGAAAUUCAAGUGGAUAUGCGGAAUUUCAGUUUAAAAAAACUUUUUUACUUUUUUAAUCAAAACACGUGUUGAAAAAUGAAGCCGGAAUGUCUUCAAACUAACAUUUUUGUAGUUGAGGAUAGUUAAAAAUUACUAAAAUCAAAAUUUUUCAAAAUUUCUAUUCUAACUAACUUUUCAUACCCUCGUCCCGAAAAUUUCCCUACAAAUCCGAGUCUUUCCAGAACAAAUCGACUUCUGCCUUGAAGUACCCAGCGGCGGGUCAGAAUUCUCUGCAAGACGACACUUUCAUGAACGAUCCGUGUAAUCAGAGUCAAAUGCUUCAGAAUUCACAGAAUUCGACGCUGGCCCAGGUUUUUUUCGCCUAUCGGAUUUACUGUUUCGGAAAAUAUAAUUAUAGUUUUGAAGUGUGAACGACCCUUUAGUGUAAAGAAUAUUCAUACUUUCAUAAAUGAAUAUACAACUCUAGACUUUUUCCUGUAAAGUAAAAAAAAAUUAAAAAUAAUAGGGUAUCACCCCUAGCAGUGAUGAGCGAAAUUUCCGACUUCCGCCAGAUUUCCGUUUCCGCCGACAGGCGAAAAAAAAAACGUUUUCCGCUCAUCACGGAUCCCUAGUCAGUACUAUGAAAACAAUUUUUUUCCAAAAAAAAAUAUAAAAAGUUUUAGAGCCAGGAAAAUCUUGCGAUCGAAAGUUUGACUUCAAAUUUAGCAAGUAAAAAAAAACCUUUUGAAUUACUAAUAAACUGAAAAUUCACGGUUUGAAACGCAAAGAGGCGUGGCCUGUCUGCCUUCUCCACCAACUAGGCACUAUCUCUUUCUUUUUCGUGUCAGGACUCUUUUUUUGGAUAUCUUAAGGCAGCCGGGAACCAGCUGUAGACGAAUUUCUAAAAUUUGUCUACAUUUUCAGAAUGGUUUCCAAUCGGCCAAACAGUACCAACAGCGUGUCGAAGAAGACAGUUUCAUGAUCGAUCCUCAAACAUUUUCCCAGCCGAAAAAGCAGCAUGUCAGAGAGGUUUCCAUUAGGGAAAUCAGGGAAAAAUGUUGUCUGCAUAAUCUCUUCAAGUAUCUCAAGAGUUUUCAAUUAUCAAAUUUUCGUGUCUUUUCUGUACAUUUUGGCUGAAUGCAAUGUAAAUUUAUUUCAAUUUCGAGAUUAAUUUGCUCCAAUUUUUCCAAAAUGCGAUGAAACUUAAGGUUUUUUUUGUUUGUGGAUAAAACGUUUUUUUUUUACCAGGAUUUUGUUAAAAAUAGAAAAUAGCAAAUUAUUUUUAUUUGUGAAUUUCCCCAUUUUUGUAUCCUAUACGGUUUGUUAACGAAAUGGAAAAAAAUUAAAAAGAAUUAUUUUUUUUGAAUAAAUUUAAUAAUUUUUAGACCCCAAACCGCCAAUCAAACUCUUAUCCGUAUAUUAGGCGAGAAUCUCAAGUUCAAAAAUCCAGCUUUCAAAACAACCGCGAAGGAUUUUCAACGGAAUCCUUCUUCCGUCGAGGAAAAAUUUCCCCGGGUAUUUGAUUUUUAAUCAAGUUUAAUAAAGUAAAAAAAUAGUUUGAUUUACGAAAAAAAUCAAUUUUUUUGAAAAAUUAUUUCGUUUUUUUCGUCAUUUCCUUGAAUCACCGGAAAAAAAGAAGUUAUUGACGCUAACUCUGGGCUGUGUGAGUCUUCGAUAGAAAAAAAUCAACAUUAUUUUAUCAGUCUCAUUAAUGGAAAAAAACUGUUCAAAAAAACUACAAUUUGAAAUUUUGUCAAAAAUUUUUUUCUGAGUUUGAGGGGAAAUUUCGAUAUUUGUUCCAAAGAAAACCCUAUUUUUUAAAAUUUCGGCUGUAAAAUGAACUUACCAUUCGAAAAAGUCACAAAAGGUAAGAUUAAUGCUAUUCAACGAGACCAAGUUAAAGCGAUUUUCUGAUCACUGUUUCAACGCUAGUCUAUACGUUUAGCGGAAAACAUAAAUAUCCGUUAGAAGUUCUCCAAAGGCGGGCUUGUGCGUCAGACCGGGCGGCUCGGCCCGGGUUUUGGACCUAAAAUUUAAAAAAAAAGCCUGCGUGUGCCGGGGCCAGGCCGGGCUUCGAAAGAAAUUUUAAAUUUCAUUUUGAAAAUUUUCACGGAAAAAUUGUUGUUAUUUGUUGAAGCAUAGUUUCUAAUAACUCUAUAAAAAAAAAUAAAAAAAUACCCCUUUUCUCGUCAAAAAAGCGAAAAAUUCGACUUGAAGAUAAUUUUAGUUUUUUGGGCCGGGCCGGCCAUUUUUGCCUAAGCCCUCCCUAGGGCCGGGCCGGGUCGGGCUUGGUAAGUGGCCGGGAGACCGAGAGGUUGACGGACCGGCCCUCACACAAGCCUGUCCAAAGGUUAGAUGGUUUUCAAACCAAAGAAAAAAUUAAGAUUCGUCCCGGAGCCCGAAAUUUUGAGCCCCGCUCAAUGGAAUACAAACGGAAGCUAUCGAAUGAUCCCACAUGGGACUGAUUCUCCCGUUGUUGUCUAUGAAACGAAGGAAAGAACGGCUGACGCUGAACAACGACUUCGAGCAGUUCGGCCUCAGGGUGGUUAGUGAGAAUCUUAAAAAAACUGAGGGAUUUGGGAAUCUCGAAAAAAGGCUAUCUGGAAGGAAAAACUACUGAUCAGAGUUUUGAUCAUUUUUAUAGUAAGAGUUGUCUAUUUCAACGGAAUUUUAUGAAACUUAAAAAUAAUUAGACUUGCAGAAUAUUUGUACUUAACCUACUAUAAAAUUAUUGAAAAUUCGCUCAGAAAUCAUGAUUCUUCACAAAAAAAAAAAAUUGGUCGUAAAUUGAAAAUUAAAGCUCGUUUUCAGUCGAAAAACCUCGUUCGACUCCAUUUUUUGACGCAAAUGUCAUCCGACAGCUUCAGGCUGCCAAACAGGAACCUCAUCAAAGUUUCAAAAGAUAUUUUUGCCCCGAAAAAGUCGGUCUUUUCAGACGGUCGACAAGAGAAUCCUGCAAGAAAGACUCCUGUAGAACAAGACCAACAACAUGUUCGCGAAGUUCAGCAAGAUCGAAGACGAGAAGAUUCUCGUCAGCCUUAUCCUCAGGAUCGGCGAUUUCAAAAUGGCGAUGAUCAAAAUGACUGCCGAUAUCAGGAGGGGCUAAGGAAUCGCCAUGAAGAUCAGUAUCAACGUCAAGGUCAAGAAGAACAGCAACGACAGCAUCACGAAACUAAAACUCGCCAAAAUGAAUCAUACCAGCGUCAAGUUCGGGAAGCUCAGCACAGAGCGGAUCAACAAAGAUCAUAUGAACCUCAGAAUGAUUUUAAUGAUCAGCACCUGCGUCAAGUUCAAGAUGAUCAACAACAUCAACAGCAGCUCCUGGAAGUUCGUCGGCGUCUGGCUGAAAGAGCUGCUCAUCGACAGGACUCAGAACAACAUGAUCUUCUUCACGAACCUCAGAUUCGUCAAGAAGACCUACAUCAGCGUCAAGUUCGAGAAGAGCAGCAAAGACAAGAUAAUUAUCAUCACCUGCGUCAAUCCCAAGAAAAUCAAGAGCAUCAACAGCAGUUCCGGGAAGUUCGACGUCGUCUAGCUCAAAGAGAUCUUGAGCAACAGAAUCAGCAAGGUCAACGGCAAUUUUCUGAAGCACAGGAUCUACAUUAUGGUCAGCACCAACUUGAACAAGAUCAGCAACUUCAAGAGUCUCGGCGACGUCUAGCUCCUGAAGUUGUUUAUCAACAGGAUCAGCACAGUCAACGGCACCUUCUUAAAAAUCAGAAGCAUCAUUCUGAUAAAUGCCAACGUCAAGCUCACGAAGAUCAGCAAAGACAACAAACUGAACAGCAAAAACAGUUCCUGGAAGCCCACCGACGUCUAGCUCAAGGAGAUCAUCAUCAUGAACUUCCCGAGCCAAGUAGCCGUCGAAAAGAUCAACACCAGCGUCAAGAACAAGCUGAGAAACCUUUUGGAUCCUUCGUCGGUGUUCCUGGUCGACCUCUGCUUCGGAAUGAGCCAGAACGAAGACAUGAGCCCCAGAGUUUCGGCAAAACCAAACCGAAGCAGGAAUUCAGCUUCGAAUCGCAACAAGGGACGCAGACUCCACUGAAUCUGGACUCCGAUGAGAUUCCAAGGUUUUCGGGUUAAAACCGUCCCAGAGAAACUUUCAUUCUUUUUAGAAACCCCGAGAAGUCCCAAGGAAAACAUUCAAAGCCGCAGACCGUCAUUUACAGGCCUCUGUACUCGCCUGAGGUUUUUUUCAGAGUUCUGAAUGCAUUUGGCCAGUAAAAAAUGAGUUCCGUGACAUAUUGUAUAGCCGACUAUGUUCUUGAAAUUGGCAAAAAAAAGUAUAUUUUUUGAAAAAAACGGGAAUUUAAUUUGGCGUCUAGACAUCAGUAUACACAAAGUUGUAUACCGUAAUAUUUUUAUAAAGGAACUUUUUUUGGUUAGUUUUCCACAAGAAUCUUUCAGUACGGAUAACUCUGUGUGAAAAAUUUUUUUAAUCGAGAUGAUUUUAGAAAUAAAAAGAUCUUUUGCCCAUAGAGCAACUUUGCUUGAAGUUUCAAACCAUUCCACCUCUUUUUUAAAUUAUUCUUUGUCAGAUACGAUUUGGUUUGAAAACUUAACAAGCAAUGAAGAAAGCUUUGAAAUGAGGAAUUAUUCUCAAACCGCAAUUUUUAUUGUCCAUAUGCAUUCAAGCUUUGAAAAAACGAUUUUUCUCAGAAAACCCCGACAAAAAGAGCGACUCAAAAAGAUUUCUCAAAUAUUCUCGCGUUGAAAAGGCCGAAAAAAUCGCCGCCGGAGGUAUGUUUGAUUUUUUUUAAUGGUUUAUUUUGAGUUUAUGAUUCUUUGAAAAGUAUUUUAUCUGCGCAAUUUAGUUAUCUUUUCUCAAAUUUGGUUAUCUUUUUAUUUUCUCGCUCUCUGACGGCUAUUUUAAAUUUCGCGGAGUCAUUUGGCAUACUCGAAUUUGAAAAAAGCUGUUAAAUUAUCUGUUCAACUCCAGGACGAUGGCUAUCGAGACGACGUUCAAAAAAUGUACAAUUCUGGAGUUCCACACGAAGUUCGACCGCCACCGAUGUACAGGGUUUGAUUUUGAAUCUUUCUGAUUGUUGAUUCGAAUUUUCGAAUAAGAAAAAAACAUUUUCAUUUUGCAUUGAACGGGUCAAAGCAGAAAGGCUCCGUUAUAGCCCUUUUUCUAUGCGCCUGACUUAAAACGAGUUUCGCAGGUUUAGCCGUGAAACCGGGACCGAAAGGAUACGGCAAUUUGAAAAUAAUCAUUUUUUUUUCGUGUUAUUAUUAUCGAAAUCAGAUUCAUAGAUUUAAGUUUAGGUGACCUUUUUCAAAUCUUCAGUUAGAAAAUUUUUCUCGGUCAAUACUUUUGUUUCUGAUAUCAAGCUGUAUGUCUCAUUUCGACUUCUUAGCUAUCGAAAUUAUUGAACGAUUUAUUUUGAGAUCUCCAGCCGAGAAGAUCCGACGAAAAAUUGCUCGGAAAUAAUGAGUCGAUUCCGGAGAAUCGGCGUCGUCUACCUGUCCGACGCCCUCCAUAAUAGGAAAUUUUGGAUGCUCCCUAAAAGGGUCACUAUCAUGGUGGAUAUCGAUUGAUUUGAUGAUAAUUUAUCGAUUUUUCCAGCCCACGCACACGCAAUUGGUUCAGGAGUUGAGUGUGGAAGGAAACGAGUGGAAGCAACAGGUUUCUUUUUUAGUUCUCUCGCGGGAAGAAAAAUGAGUUAAAAUUUACAAAACGAUGCGAGAUUUUUGAAAGUUACAAUGAAAAUAAUAGAAUAUAGGUGCAGAAGAGACGACAGAUAAUCAGAUGAUUUGUUUCUCUCUGCGGGCUCUUCAGGAUUUCGUUGGUCUAUUAUUUUUGUUUUCAUCAGGUGUUUAAGCGUAGAGAACAGAAGCUUGGGAACGAAAUAUCUUUUUUCUCAGGCAUGCUUAAAAAGGUUGGGAAAAAACUGUUAAAAUUAGAAAUGCCAAAAAUUUUAAAGCCGAUGGUGUUUAGCACUCAAGUCUGACAAUAGAUUUGGAUAGCUGGAAUGAAAAGUUAGAGAUCAAUGAGGGCUUGAAGAGACACCAGAGAAAAAGAGAAAGAAUGUUCCUCUGACGCCUCUUCUGGCGCCAUCAUCUCUUCAUACCAAUCGUUUUUUUUCUUCUUUCAGACUCUCUUCUUAUCUGGUUUUUCACAUUUAAAAAACUUCUAUAAAGUAAAAAUUCAGGCUUUCCAAAGCUUGUUAGUGUUUUUUUUUUUCAGAAGAAUUAAAUAAAAUAGAUUUUCUAGCUGAUUGUGAACGACGUGAGCAUGAGCGGAGAGCUGUGCGAGGUCUCCAGUCGACUUCUCGACCGCCUUUUCGGCUUCACUGUUGCUCAUUGUCAGGUAUCUCUCAUUUUCUUCAGAGAAUUUGGAAAAAAUUACUUUCUCUACAGAGAAUCGGCAAUUUGAAACGAAUCGACGAACUGAAAAGGUGCAAAGAUCACGCGGCUCAGGUAAUUUCUGGAACUGAAUUUUUCUUACCAUUGUUCUUACCUUACCAUUGUGGUUAGAGACCUUUGUUUUCAAUAUUUGCAUUUGUUUAGUGAAAAAGAUAAUCACGAAGGUCGUAGUUUACAAAUGCAUGGCCUAAUUUCCCAAAAAUUACCAUCCCUCCUUUCAUAUAGGUCAUUCCGCGCCAAAUUGUCACGAUUUUUAUUUUCCUUUUAGCUACAUAAUCACUCCGUUCGAAGCACGCGGUCGUUUUGUGUUCAUGCGCCCUUAAUUUGGUCUAAAAUAUUGGUUACAUUAAAGGCGCAUGCCCAGGCAAAUGACGCGCACAUCGAAAAAAGAAGUCUCUGGCUCACCGGGGAGGAGAUCCUUCUUCGCGGUUGUUUAUUAGUUGAAAAUUUGCCAGAGCACUCAUUUUUGUACCAGAAGAACAUUUUGUAAGGUUUAACCUGCACAACUUCCUAAUUUCAUAGGUGAAACGGAAAAGUUUCUCUAAAAGCUCCUAAAAUGAUGUAAAAAAGCUUUUCAGCUCCUUUUCCAUAGCCAUAGAGGAUCAUUUUUGAACCCCCUCGAAUCUUUUUAGUUGCUUUCCAGACUCCUUUUUGUUAGAGGAUGUGAAAAAAGAUGGAAAAAAGAAAUGAAAUGAUUUAAAAAAGAUCUGCUGGGGACCCUUUCAGGGUCUUUUUUUAAGCAAAGCUUUUGGGGAGCUUUUCAGUUUUGCCCGAUUUUCGAGAAAUGAGGUCUCGAAGCCCCAGAAUGGCAACCUUAAACGGGUUUUGAAGGUUUUCUUGGACUGGCAGGCGUUUUUUCUCAAAAUCUAGGAAGUUUUGCAGAACAAGAAUUUUUUUCUGACAGAUCAGAAUUUUUUUGACUAUUUUUCCAAAAAAAAAAUUCACAGCCGCGGGUUAAAAAGACCUUCCUUAUCAAAAGAGCGAAGAUCGUGACAAGCUUGAUGAGCUCCAGCUGCCCUUUAUUUUUUGAAAGGUUAAAAAAGUCAGUACUUCUUAUAGGUUCUGAAAGGAUUCUGUCGAUUGGACCUGGUGAUUUUUCUCGACGUCGCUCCUCACGUCGACAAGCUGCCCGUGGUGGUCGACGUUAAAACUUUGGCCGAUGCUCUUAAUAUUCUCUAA